AUGGUAUCGCAGAACAACGUGAAAGAUCAUCACACAUUGAAGAUGGCCGACACAACGGCGGCGGCGACGACGACGCCCGCGACGGAUGAAGAGCCGACUGGACUGCUCUCGAAGGAGCUCAUGGAAGAGUUGGGUGGGAACGAAGACGACUUGCUCACCGUGCGCAAGAAAAAAGUCAAAGGACAGGCCAAGCCACCAAGUGAGGAGGUGAUGAAGGCGGCCACGAAGCUAAGCAACAGCAAGCGCAAAAAGCUCGCGCAGCUUGAAGCGCGCAAGGCCAAGGAGGCUCGUCGCGACGAAGUGUUUCAGUCGCUGGAGUCAAAGAAGCUGUCCCAGGAGCAUCUGAAUCUCAUGUACUCCACCGCCCGCCUGGGCCACAAGGAGACUUUGAAAGAAAGGCUAAAACGCUCGAUGAAUCAAGAAAAGGCAGGCCUGACUCUCACAGAUUCUGCACGCGAGGAGCUGUACCCGGACCUCGGUGAACGCAAGGGCGACGACGUUCCCGACUUAGGGCCCGUGGAUAACUCCACGGGAGGUGUUGAUGCGCCAGUGGUCAAAUCGGCCGUGGUGCCGACAUUGCGCAACGAUGUCAUCUCGCCCAGUGCAGAUUCGACGUCGAAGAAAGCGAAAAAGAAGAAGGUCGUGCUCUCUACCGCGGCGGCGCCAGCAAAGUCGAGUCUUUUCAGUCCUGCUUCCGCCGAACUGCGAGCUCCUGCAGCACCUUCUACAGAUGAGAACGACGCAUCGUCCACCAAACCCGCCGUGAUCGACGAGAAAGUAUCGUCCGAGUCGGCCAUGAUGGCCAAGUUGCUAGCCCUGCGGGCCAAGAACGAAGCGAAGCGUCGGCUCAAGGCAGAGGGAGGAAAUCCUGCGGCCCCCGUACGUGCCGUCGUCGACAAGUACGAUGCCCUGCCCAAGUACACACCACAAGCCUUGCACUUGCACACGACGCACGAAAUGCUGGCGCUGGCCAAGACGGUUGCGCCGCUCCAACUCCAGCAAAAGGUGGUUGUCCAUCGGUUGGACGCGAUUCAGCUGGGUCGCAUGCAGUUGCCCGUGUGCAAUGCGGAGCAGGAGAUCAUGGAAGCAAUUCAAAACAAUUCGGUGGUCAUCUUGUGCGGCGAGACUGGGAGCGGCAAGACGACGCAGGUCCCGCAGUUCUUGUACGAAGCAGGGUAUGGCACCGACGGCAUGCACCCAGGCAUGAUUGGUGUGACACAGCCACGGCGCGUCGCGGCGGUCAGCACCGCCCAGCGCGUCGCCACCGAGCUCAACGUCGACUUUGGCCAGCGCGGCGCGGUGGGGUACCAAAUCCGCUACGACAACGAGCACGUCGGCGACGCCACUCGCAUCAAGUUUAUGACGGACGGGAUCUUGCUCAAAGAAAUCCAACAGGACUUUCUCUUGAAAAAGUACUCGAUCAUCUUGCUCGACGAAGCGCAUGAGCGCAACGUGAACACAGACAUCUUGAUCGGGCUCUUGUCGCGCGUUGCGCCAUUUCGUGCCCAAAUGGCGAUCGAAGAACGAGAGCACUUCGACUCGCUGUCUCUUGCCGACCAGGCCUCGGCGCCGCCCCCGAUUCAACCACUCAAGCUGGUCAUUAUGUCGGCAACGCUGCGCGUGGAAGAUUUUACUCAAAACAAGACGUUGUUUCCGACCCCGCCGCCUGUGAUCAAGGUCGAAGCGCGCCAGUACCCCGUCACCGUCCAUUUCAACAAACACACGGAGUUGCACGACUACGUCCAGGCCGCGUACCAAAAGGUGGCAAAAAUCCACCGCAGGUUGCCGGAGGGCGCGAUCCUCGUGUUCUUGACUGGCCAGCGCGAGAUUCUGCAGCUCGUGCGCCAGCUCCGACGCACGAUGGGUUCGUCCCAGCGAAAGAAACUUGUCCAGGCAUCGACCCAUCGCCGCAACAGUGUGCAAAACGAGGCUUGGUACAUCCGGGAGCAUGACGACGAUGACGACGAAGCCGACUUGGACGACGCGGAUGUGUACGGGGACGAAGAAGAGGUCGACGACGACAAGAGUGACGAUGGAGACCGCGACGGGGACUUGGACGGCGACGCCAACGCGAUCGACGAAGCAGACGACUUGUUUCCUUUUGUCCAUGUGCUGCCGCUGUAUUCGAUGCUAGCCAACGACGACCAAAUGAAGGUGUUUGAGGCGCCGCCGCCAAAACACCGCCUCGUUAUUGUCGCCACCAACGUAGCCGAAACAUCGCUGACAAUUCCCGGCGUUCGCUACGUGGUCGAUGCGGGGCGGACGAAAGAACGAGUGUUUGACCUCAAAAGCGGCAUCUCUCAGUUUCAAGUCCAGUGGAUCAGCAAAGCGAGUGCCGACCAGCGCGCCGGUCGUGCCGGACGGACAGGACCUGGCCAUUGCUACCGCUUGUACUCGUCGGCCGUGUUUGACAAUGAAUUCAAAACGUUUUCUCCGCCGCAGAUCUUGUGCCAGCCCAUUGAAGAUGUUGUCCUGCAAAUGAAAGCGAUGGGGAUCGAAAACAUUCUCCAAUUCCCGUUCCCGACGCCCCCGGAAGCGAUCGCGUUGCACGCAGCCGUGACCACGCUGCUGCACUUGGGUGCACUCGACCGCACGACGAAUUCCAUUACAGGGCUGGGCAAAACGCUGGCUGGGUUCCCUGUGGCCCCCAGAUUUGCCAAAAUGUUGUUGUUGGCUCAACAAGUCGGGUGUUUGGAGUAUGCGAUUGCGGUCGUCGCGAGCCUCAGUGGGCAAUCUCCUUUCAUUUUGGAGCGGGAGCGGAAGGAGACGCAGAAAUUUCAAAAGGAAGAUGCCACAAACGACACGCUGCCGACUGACGCUUCGACCGCCGCCGACACGGAGACCCGAAUCGACGCGUGGACAGAAGAGCUUCAAGAAGCGGAAGCGAUGAAGCGCCACACGCAAUGGAUAGACAACGACAGCGACGUCCUGAGCAUGCUUCGCGCCGCCGGAGCGUACGCGUACAGUGGCGGGUCGACCUCGUUCUGUGCUGAAAAUCACUUGCACGAAAAGAUCAUGGAACAAAUGCUCAAACUGCGCGGCCAGCUCACCACGAUUGUAAACAAGCUCGUGGGGGCCACCGCGCUGACACUGCGGCCCAACAUGCCACCGCCGUCUGACGACGACCAGGACUUGCUGCGUCAGAUCAUUGCUGCAGGAUUCGUCGACCAAGUCGCGCGGCGAGUGCCCGCAGGCACCAUCACGAGUGGGUCCAAGAUCGAGCGGAAUUGUGCUUACAUGUCUUGCAACGACGUUGUGACGGAGCCGCUGUAUAUUCACCCGCACUCGCAUUUGUUCACGACCGACCCAAGCAAGCUACCGCCCUACGUUGUUUACACCAACGUCGUACGAACGUCCAGAGCGUACAUGAAGACUGUGACUGCGGUCGAGCCGGACUGGUUGUUUUCUGUGGCGGCCAACACGCCGUUGUGCGAGACAUCCGAUCCGUUGGCGGCGCCGCCGCCAAAAUACAAUGCUGCACUGGACCGCGUCGAGUGCUAUGUGAAGCCCAUGUACGGCAGUCACAAAUGGGAGUUGCCUGCAGCGUUGGUGGAAUACCCCGACGGACCGGUCAAAUUGCGAUGGUUCGGUCGAUUUUUGCUGGACGGACUCGUCGUCCCAUCGCUAAAGCCAUUCUUGGCCAACAAACUGCGCGAGCCGAGCUUGUCGCUUAUCAAAAAGAAGUUUGAUGUCAAGAUCCAAGUGCUCGUGUCGGCCCUCGAACGCGCCAAAGUCAGCUCUCGUAGAGCUCUCGUUGCGCAGUGGCAGCGCAACCCCAAGUUCUUGCACGACGAAUUGCUGAGCUGGGUUCAAGACAACCACAAGGCAGCUCUGAAGGCGCAGUGGAAGGCCAUUAUUGCCUUCUUUUCGACUGGGGACGUGCCGCCGACGACGAUGCCGAAGAAGAUGGUGUUCGUGACGGUGGGAACGACGUGCUUUGAUGAGAUGAUCGCGGCUGUGGACACGGACGAAGUCCAUGCGAUUCUCAAGCAGAAGGGAUAUGACGAAAUCCUGUUUCAGAUUGGCCGUGGCACGCACGAACCGCGCGUUAUUGCUAACGACACCUUCACCACAUCGUUCUACCGGUUCAAUCCAGCGUACAAGGACGACAUCCGGCGGGCAUCUCUCGUACUCAGUCAUGCCGGCGCUGGAUCCAUCAUGGACACCCUCGUCGAGCGCAAACACCUGAUCGUGAUUCCGAAUACACAACUCAUGGACAACCAUCAGGAAGAGUUAGCGGGGGCGUUGGCGGAACGGCACCACUUGGUAGCGACGACGUGCAGUCUGCUUGCGUCCACGCUUGCCUCGGUGGACUUGAAGACACUCGUGCCAUAUCCAGAAGUUGACGAAGAAGCGUUUCCGUCGCUCGUCGACUGCAUCGUCAUGUCCGGUCGUUCGAUCAAGCACGCAUGACGACUCCAGCCUGAUUUUUUAUCAACGUACAGGAAACAAAAGGUCAUGCCGCCAAAACCGACGUUUUGAGUGCAGGCUUGCGGCAGCUUCCUCGCUGCCGACAACUUUACGUGCGAGCGCGGUCACAAGUGCUUUCUGAACUCUUCUCGUUCCACCAGUUUUGGAAUGACGCUUGGGCACACGACUUCAUCCAAUCCAGCUGAUCGACAUCUCCGUCCCCCAUGGAAUCUCUAUCGACUACAAUCUCUGCUGAUGAGGUGUGCUGGAGAUGGGAGCUGAUUUCAUGUAGCCUCAUCUUGACCGUGGAUUCCAAGCGGGACCAACAGUUUUUUUGAAAGGGUUGUGCUUGCAACGACGAGCGUCCAGAUCCGUCGCGUCAGUCUCGUACUCUCGUGGGUGUCACACAUCUGUGAUGGUGUAGCUGGUCCGACUGGCGACGCCUCCAUGCUUGCCACAGCCCAACCGUGCAUCGGGCAACAGUUUGUUCCGUUCGCACCGAUGGCUAUUCAUGCAAACCGGAGGUCGUGCAGUGAACAAAGAUCAUUCGUUUGAACUUUUUCCCUCCGCCUCGUCGUCGCUCUCUUCGUCGUCUUCGUCAAACACGAGCUGCUCGUUGCGCUUGAACGACGUCGACUUGGUGAGGUGGAUCUGGGUUGCC